UGCCUGCAUGCUGUGCUGUGCUGUGCUAUGCUGUACUCCGCUCCACUCGCUGCUCUGACUGACUGCGAGUAAAGGGGAAAUCUGACUAGAGGCUUGGCUUAGUGGGAGUCCCUCUCUGCCACACCGGGAGUACCUUUUGGAAGAGGUGGGGGUUGUUUGCAGUGAGACAAGGUGAGUCAAGCAAGUGAUGGCUGGAGGAAGAGCAGAACAGGAGGAGGCAGAGAACAGUUUUCAGCCCUUUUGAAUCUUUCAUAAGGGAGAUCCUCCAACAUCACACUGCCUUGAUGUUCUGAGGGAAAAAAGCUGGUGCUGAGGUGUGCAUUAAGCAGGCACCAGCUGUGCCUUAGAGACAGAGGGACACAGGAACAAGGAGAGUGAUAGAGCACUGGGGUGUGCACCUCACAGACACCAAAACCAGGAGAAGAGAGAUGGAGGAAAAGCAGUUUUGAGAAGAGGAAUUCUGCUUUGGAAGAAGCUGUAUGUGAAAGCUCUAAGAGCCUCUGAACAGAGGACUACGAGGAACGCACAAUGUAUGAGCCAAAGGAGAGAUAAAGAGACAGACUGCUGGCUGGGUGAUCUCUAAACCCCUGAAGAACAGGGGAAAAUGGUAAAGGUAAAAACAACACAACCAACUAAAGGUUAAUGGUGUAUAUUUUUGUUUGUAAGGUAGCCUCAAUUUUUUUUUUCCCACAACAAGAUUCCAGCCUGAUUUGAACUUCUUCUGUUUCCUGGAUAAGGCAAAGGAAGGCGAAAAUUAGCCGUGCAUGUCCACCUGGUGAGACUGACGUGUCAGAAUUUGACAGGAAGGGAAAGAAAAGUCUUUCUUGCAGAACUGAAGCCAACCUGCAGGGAUGUCGUCCAACGAGCUGAGCGUUGAGAUGGACUCCUGCAUUCGGACAUUCAAGGAGCACAUGCAUUUGGAGCUGGAGCCUCCCAAGAUGGGAGGCAAGAGGGGAGCCACGUCCCCAAAACUGUCGCCCAGAAGCUCCCCACGGCUCUUCCGCAAGCUAAUGGUCAACAAGAACAUCAGACAGAGGCGGCGCUUCACUGUAGCUCAUACCUGUUUUGAUGUGGAGAAUGGUCCAUCUGCCAGCUGCAGCCCGCUGGACCCCCAGGCCUCCCCGGGCUCUGGUCUGGUCCUCCACACCAACUUCCCCGGUCAUAACCAGCGCAGAGAGUCGUUCCUCUACCGCUCUGACAGUGACUAUGAUCUGUCACCCAAGUCCAUGUCACGGAACUCCUCCAUCGCCUCUGAAUUACACGGCGAUGACCUGAUCGUAACGCCUUUUGCUCAGGUUCUGGCGAGCCUUCGAAGUGUAAGGAAUAACUUCACGGUGUUGACCAACGUCCAGUGUGCCUCCAGCAAAAGAUCUCCCGCAGCAACUCAACCUCCAAUCACCAGAGUUUGUCUCCCAGAUGACGCGUACCAGAAGCUGGCCAUGGAGACGAUGGAGGAGUUGGACUGGUGUCUGGAUCAGCUGGAGACGAUCCAGACCUACCGCUCUGUCAGUGACAUGGCCUCCAAUAAGUUCAAGAGAAUGUUGAAUCGGGAGUUGACGCACCUAUCUGAGAUGAGUCGGUCUGGGAACCAGGUUUCCGAAUUCAUCUCCAACACCUUCCUAGACAAACAGAAUGAAGUGGAGAUCCCGUCACCGACAUCCAAGACGCGGGAGAAGAAGAAGCAGCAGAAGCAGCAGCUGAUGACACAGAUCAGCGGCGUGAAGAAGGUCUCUCACGGGCCCUCGCUCUCCAGCAGCAGCAUCUCCCGCUUUGGUGUCAAGACCGAGAAGGAGGAGCAGCUGUCCAAAGAGCUGGAGGACCUGAACAAGUGGGGCCUGAACAUCUUCACGGUUUCAGAGUACUCCAACAGCAGACCCCUGACCUGCAUCAUGUAUGCCAUCUUCCAGGAGAGAGAUCUUUUAAAGACAUUUAAGAUCCCGUCGGAUACAUUUGUGGCCUACAUGAUGACGUUGGAAGACCACUACCAUUCAGAUGUGGCCUACCAUAACAGCCUGCACGCUGCUGACGUGGCCCAAUCCACACACAUCCUCCUAUCAACUCCAGCCCUGGAUGCGGUCUUCACAGAUCUUGAGAUCCUGGCAGCCAUCUUUGCUGCAGCCAUCCAUGAUGUUGACCAUCCUGGAGUUUCAAACCAGUUCUUAAUCAACACCAACUCUGAGCUGGCAUUGAUGUACAAUGACGAGUCUGUGCUGGAGAACCAUCACCUGGCUGUGGGAUUCAAGCUGCUACAGGAAGACAACUGCGACAUCUUCCAGAACCUCACCAAGAAACAGAGGCAGUCACUGCGCAAGAUGGUCAUCGACAUGGUCUUAGCCACCGACAUGUCCAAACACAUGAGUCUGCUGGCUGAUCUGAAGACCAUGGUGGAGACCAAGAAGGUGACGAGCUCUGGAGUGCUGCUGCUGGACAACUACACCGACAGGAUACAGGUGCUGCGUAACAUGGUGCACUGUGCUGACCUGAGUAAUCCCACCAAGUCCCUGGAACUGUAUCGUCAGUGGACCGAUCGGAUAAUGGAGGAGUUCUUCCAUCAGGGAGACAGAGAGCGAGAGAGAGGGAUGGAGAUCAGCCCGAUGUGUGACAAACACACAGCCUCAGUGGAAAAGAGCCAGGUGGGAUUCAUCGACUACAUCGUGCACCCUCUUUGGGAGACAUGGGCUGAUCUGGUCCACCCAGACGCCCAGGACAUUCUGGACACUCUGGAAGACAACAGGAACUGGUACCAGAGCAUGAUCCCCCAAAGUCCCUCCCCUCCCUUCUAUGACCAAGGCCCGCACGGACACAGUGGAGGCACCGGAGGGCAGGGAGGUGGGGAGAAGUUUCAGUUUGAGCUGACCUUGGAGGAGGAGGACUUGGAUGGAGUAGAGAAAGAUGGCGAUGUGGAGGAGGAGGAGGAGGAAGGGGAGGAAGAUGAAUUAGAGGAGGAGGAGGAGGAAGAAGAGGAUGAUGAUAGUAGAGGAGAUCGUGAAUCUCCUCCCCCGGACUAUUUGAACUGUCAGGAUCACGAGGAGGGCAGAAUGAUGCAGCCCACGACAGCAAUAGAAAUCGUGACGCACGAGGCGUCGCCGACAGAUACAUAGGGUUUUCAUCGCCAGGCUCACGUGGUGAUUUGAGAGUUUUUUUGGAGAAAAACGAGGGAGGAGAAUCCUCUUGCAGCUGUGCUUUUUAAAAAGCCCACAGAGGCAAAGGCUUUGUUUUGGCCCGCACGCGGGUGUCUUGCACUUGGGUGUUUGAAGCCAGACGUGGAUGGACAGUUUCAGUGAAGCGGCUUCAGAGUUCUCAGGAAAUAAUUGCUGCGGACAUUUAGUCUUAGACGGACAAAUGAGACUGGGGGGCGGAACUUGAAGGAUUUUUGGCCAGUUUGGGAAAUGGUUACUUAUAUUUUCAGGACUGGCAUUAAAUGGACAUUGACACUACUGAGAGAAGUUUUGUACCUUAAGACUUUUUUUUACAGAUGACCUAGAAGUAGCAUAGAGUAAGAUCUACUGAUCGAAACAUGUUUGUAUAGCAAGAGAAAGUGUUUACUUUUUUCCUGUACCAUUUGUCAAAGGACUUUUGUGUGCCUUUUUUUACUAUUGUCUUUAUAAUAGUUUUUUAUUUAUUGAACACUCUAGUGUGUCUGUGAAAUGUUUUAGGGUUUUUGUUUUUUUCCCUUCUUAUCUUAUUUUUGUAUGUUGAAGAGAGAGAAGAGUCUUCCAUGUAUUGGGCAAUAGAGAAAUCCAAACAAACAACUCUUGGACAAAUUCAUGUACACACACACACACACACACACGCAUCCUACGCACAUUUGUUUUCAUCACACAUUCAAACUCAUGUACAUUUGUGGUGCCUGUUUCUCGUCAUGUCGCAGUGAUAUGCACCUCAUCUAUUUUCAUACUCUAUCCACUUCAUAAACAUUUCCUCUUUCCAUCGUGACGGUCUGCAGACCAUUGAAUGCUUCCAGCCUUUUCACAACCAAAACUUGACUUCAUGCAAACCUCUCAGCGAGGAUACAAAACCUGUGGUCAGGUAUUCCUGCUAAAAGAUUUGCAUAAUUGGGAUAUUUUUAGUUUUUAGCAAUAGUGCUUCGAUGUCUGAUAAAAUGAAGUCUGCCAAGGACAAAAUGCACAACAGCACCGAGUCUAUUUUUAGCCCGCAGGUAUGCUGCAGUCCUAAUAAUCCUGUGAGUCGGAACGGGUCCUGACCCCAAACCUGUCUGAUGUAACGACUGCCGCCCCCCUUGGCAUUCAGGCCCAGACCAGACGACUAAAGGUGCUCGUAUGAAAAGGCACUGAUCAGUGGCACUAUUCACACUUUACAAACCCUUCACAGCUUCAUCGGCACAAGCCCAAAAACAGUCAGGCUGGUUAUUCUCCUUCCUUCUGAGAAAAAACAUCCCUCAAGAGCUGCUUCUGCUCACUGACGUCAUCUCCACUGUAUCAGGUUUCCAGGACAGUUAGGUUUAUUAUAAUACGACAAAAGUGGAACUGUUAGGGUGUCUAUCUAGUUACAAUACUGUUUAUUCGGGGGGGGGGAAACGCUGGGUUAGAAAAAAAAUGGUUUGCAGACGUCACUUUUUUCUUACUCCUGCGGCUUCCAUGACGGAAACUUCUGGACGUUCACAUUUUCACGUUAGUUUACUGAUAUUACUCGAAAGGUACUUCAUCUAAUUUCACUCCAGCAUGCUUAUAAGUGGCAAUCGUUUGUGUGCAGUAUGUAUGAAUGGAUGGUUUUGUAUGCGCGUGUGUGUGUGUCUGUGUGUUUGGAUGUGCUGACUUUGUCACCAGGCCUUACCCCAACCCCCACCCACCCAACAUCCCCACAUCCCCACCCACCGCCCGGCAAUCACUCCACACCUUUGUCGCUACUGCUCAAGUCGGUCCUUUUUGCUGUUUAUAACAGUGUGUAUUUAUUCUAUAUUUUAAGCUUGUAAAUAAGAAAUACGGUGUAAAAUCUAUUUUAAUUUAUAUGCACUUGCAUUACCUGGAAGUGGUGGUGUGUAAUGUGUAGAAGACUCUGGAUUAGAGUCUCUUUAUAGAUGUUUUCUUAUAUAGUUAUAUACUGUUCAUAUAUACACACAAAUAUAUAUAUAUAUAUAUUUGUGUAUAUAUAGCAGAGCAGCAGCUAGACAUGAUGUUGUCACAUGGGAACCUUGUAACUCGUAAGCAACCUCUUUGUUUCAUGUAACGUCAGACGAAAAUGAAAAGACUUAUUAAUAUUAUGCAUGAAUAUUAAACCAAAAAGGUUCUCACUUACAGUAAGCAUCGUUUUUGAAAAAUCUUUUCAUAUAAUAUCUGAAAAAUUCAAGUCUCCUUCUUGCGUUAUUUAAAUUUGUGUAAGAUAAUAAGUAAGCUCAGUUGCAUUUUUUGGAAAAAGAAAAUGGAAAAAAAAAUCUGUCCUCCAUUUUGCGAUUUAAGUCAAGACCUCCUGAGUUUUUUUUUGAAGGUACAAGGUUUUCAUCUGACAGCAGAACUUUUGGUAACCCAGAGGAAACAUAGAGGACGUGUUAAACUGCAAUAGGAUAUUGGAAAUAGGAUAAAAUAGCUUCUUCAGAUUGCCGAUUCGAGGGCCAGGCACAGAUUAGACUGACAAACACAACACAAGGCGAUUUGCCUCCUUUUACACUUUAACACAUGUGGUGUAAACGUGGACGAGAAUGGACAGCAUUGGUAGCAUGCUACAACACAGACCUGAGUCGUUCUGAAUUACCGUCAUGAUUAACACAUAAUCUUAUGUAUCUGAUUGUGAUAACGUGUGAACUCUUUCUGACCAAACUUGUUAGCGGUUUUGAAAUUCAAAUUUGUCAGUAUUAACAUUGUUUAUCUAUGUUCAAGCUUUUAUUGGUCCUAGUUGUGUCCAAAAUGGAUAGCCAGACUUAGCACUAUCUGCAUGAAAGAUGGAGUUUUGUUUCCUUUUGAUUUUUUUGUUUUGUUUUUUUUAAUUGUCAAUAAUAUGUUCACCAGUCCACCAGUUAUUGCAGGUGGGUUAUUAAAUGUUUCACACAAUGUAUGGUAUUAUAUUGUAUAUUGUGUUCAAAAAUAAAUCUGAAAUACCUUUUCUAUGAAGUGAUUAAAAGUAAAGCAUGAA